AGGGUUCUGUGCUAAAUUCUCUUAUUCUUUUUUUCAGUGGCAUAAGAAGCGGAAGCGGCGAUCCUGUGGAGAAUGUAAAGCCUGUCUCUGCAGGAAAGACUGCGGCACAUGCGAUUUCUGUAUAGACAAACCCAAGUUUGGAGGCAGUAACAAGAAGAGGCAGAAGUGUCGACUACGUCAGUGUCAGAGACAGGCGAUGAGACACUUGCUGCCUUUCCAGAUGGGACAAGGUGACUAUGGGCCAGAUGGCUCGAUGCUGCCCGGCAGGCCUAGACCUCACUACACAUAUAGCCGAAAGUCAAAUUUAAAGAAAAACAAAGGAUCGCAGUCUGGCUUAGACUUCACUGACAAUGAAGAUGAUGACAGCAACUUUCAAGCAAUGAACUGGAGCUCCGAGCCUCCCAGUGGUAGUAAAUAUCCCUAUGAGCUGAAUUUAAGACACCACCAAUCAUCUAUGCAGUUGAAUCAGUUGGAUUUCGACCAGCGGAACGGACUCCUUGACAGAAUCUCUCACAUCAGCCACCACAGCUCUGAACUAGACCAGCUCAGCAGAUGGAAUGCAGAGAAAUGCCACGCAGGUAGAGAUGGUCAGAAGCAUGUUGAGGAAGAGGAAGAGGAGGAGGAAGAAGAAGAGGAGUUGCCCAUGAUCACACAGAUCUUCAGUUUGGCUGAUAACCCAGCAGGGAGUGGUGCGGACAUUGAAAACCAGCUAAUGAAACUGCUCCACUCUUUGCGCUCCUCUGUACUGCCAAUCCUGUGGUAUGCCAUAAUGGUGGAGGGCCCGCAGCUGCAGCUCAUCCAGUGCUCUAAACAGUCGGGCAUGACUGACACCAUGGUGCUGAUCGACCCAGGCUUCUGCUAUCAGGUCACCGUCCAAAAGCAGCCGCUGCUCCCCACCCACCCGCUGUACGACAAGCACCCAGCGUGCUUAACCUCGGUGACUGAGGUGGUCGACCUGCUCUUGGGGCUGGAGAAGUACGUUGUGUGCCAGGGACUGCCCCCCAAAGAUCCAUUAUCGAAUGAAGACCCACUCAUACUCGAGCGGGCGUCAACAUGUGAUUUCUUGGUUAAGAGGAAAGUGAACAUCUGUACUAACUGCAGAGCGCUGCAAGGACUUUAGCUUCAGCAGAGAGAGAAGGAAAUCUGUGGCCGCAAUGGAGACCACCCAUUUUCUUCUUUUUCUUUCUGUCUUUCUUUUGGUGGUGAUAAAGGAUGUUUUACAGAUUUACCUCUGGACUGUAGUAGUAUGAUUUGAUUAUUUGAAGAAUCACCAAAGGCAUUCCCGGUGCUGUGACAUUAUAAUCCAGACGUGUUUCUUCUCAGAUGUUUUUUUGGUGAAUGGAUUUUCUGCUAACUGUUGUGUCCGAUUUUGGGCAGUGGGAUGGGUAGAGCUGAAUUCUGUUAGUCCACUGUGUGGUUAGUGUGCGGUUGGUUGAUUCACACCUUUACUUGAGGAAUCUACGACCCUCGCCCUCUCACCGUUACUACACUUUUUGAGUGGUCAUUUAACCCCAAAUGAUGUCUCUUUCAGCCCAAAAAUGUUGUUAUAUGUUCUGCAUCUUAACAUGCCAACAGUGUUGCCAUGCUACAUGUAUGAUGUGUACACUAUUUAAUAGAGUAAACCAGAAGACUUUUGGACAAAAUAAUUCAUAGUAAAUGAUGUAAAAUGAUCACUGCAGGAGCUGUGGUGGAUUUCUUAGUGUUUGCUUGACUCGUAGCAUUUAAGUGAAUUGGUAGGUGCAGGAAUGGAAAAAGGAGAUUGUGAAAUAUGCCUUGUAUACCAGACCCUGAUUUCAUUAGACAGAUUUCACUGUUUUAUAUAAAAAAAAUGUAUUCACUUC